ACAUGGACGACAACUUUACUUUCCCAGUACUCGUGGAAGGCGAGUGGAAUCCUGCCCUCCCGAACCUGAGAAACAAACUAACCAUUUAUUUCCAAAGUAAAAAAUCAAAUGGUGGCGACUGCUGGGUUCAGCGUGAUGUUUCUGAUGGCCAAAGAGCCAUCGUAUCGUUCAAAUCAGAACAAGUAAGGCAAAGUGUUCUUGCAAAAUGCCCACACAAGUUAAAACUUGGUCAAAAUGUGUUGAAUUUGUCGGUACGUCUGCCCUCUGAGACAACGGACGUCGAGAAAUCAUGUUUUCUUGAGGUCUCGGAAGAUACACAACACAGCCAUCAUAAGAGGAAAGAUGACGCCAACACAUUCACUAUGUUAGACCCUAAAAGAAGAAGAGCCAUAGGCGAAGACAAGACCCUCCCUGCUGAGGAGCAGAAGGAGGAUCCUGAGGACUCCCUGGCUGUAGCUGCUGUCCUGGGGAACACAGAGGGGCUGCGGCAUGAGUUUCUAGAGAUGUUGGUGGAGAACAUCCUCAAAGGUCACGACCCCUCAUCCUGGAGUGUGGAGAUUGUACCUGAGAUCAGCAGCGCUGUGGUGAUGUUUGAUAACGCAGAAGAUGCACAGCAAUUCGUCAAAAUAUGCCCAUCAAACAAGAUGUUCAGCUCGAAGAAAUUAAUCAUCAGGCUCCUUGAGGUUCCAGUGAAAGUAAGAGCUGAAGACCUCAUUAGUGACAUCACAUCUGACCACCUCCAGCUGUAUUUCCAAAAAGAUGAGGAUGUAAAAGAAGAUGUCGAAAUGCUGGAGGAGGAACAAGCUGCCAUUGUCACCUUUAGUGAGCCCAGAGCUGUGGCAAGAGUAAUCAAUAGACAGCAUGUCAUAUCGGGACAUGCUUUUAAAGUGUUCCCGUACUACGACUCUUUGGGAACGGCGGUGUAUGGAAAAGACAGGCCCACCUGGAAACUUCCUGAUGCUUUCACACAGGACAUUGGCUUUGCUUUGCAGAAGUGCCUGCAAGAAAACCCUGAGUGUAGUGCACUGAUCGACCAGGAGAUGGCCAAGCUUUUCUGUGAAGUCAAUCUCCAGCUUCAGCCUGUGAGCAUCAGCCCCUUACCAUCCUUGCUCCAGCAGAAAAAACAAACAGCCAAGCUCAUUCGCUCUUGGAGAGAACAGGCCGCUUCUGGAUUUAAAGAGUUGCUCUCAAGGUUCAAGUGCCUUCAACUGCAUGUUCCAGCUGUUGCGUGGAAGGAGUCGGAAGUGACGAUUCUAGAAGCCAUUCAGCACAAGGCUGUGUCACUGGUCCUGGACCAGUCUCAAGAAUGUAUGACUGUGGCAGGUCUGCCUGAGACCAUAGAUGGCCUUGGUGAUUUAAAAAUGAUUGUAGAGAAAAUUACUAAAAAGGCCGAAAGGGAGUUAGGUAGCCAAGCUAUAGAGGUCCCUGUGGCGUCAUCAGUUUACCAGCUCCUGGAACGUGGCUUACAGCAAAAGAUUGCAAGUGAUUUCCCAGAGCUUAAGUUCAGAUACAACAAGCCAACUCAAAACAUUGAAUUGUAUGGACUGCAAAAUGAGAUUUUGUCAUCAAAAGCUUACAUUCUAGAGGAGGUGUUGACUUUUUCCCUGAAUGGGAAGCCAGUAGAUCUUGAUGAUAGCAUCAUACAGUUCUUGUCUGAAGGAGACCAGGAAGAGCUAAAUGAACAAUUAUUCAUGUCACAGGGAAUCAGCGCUGCACUGGAAAUUAAGGGGAACAGAGUUAAUCUCCUGGCCAAUAAAGAGGAGGCAGUCAGGGACGCAGAGGGUCAACUAGAGAAGCUUCUGAACCACAAAUGCGUUGAGGUAGAAGAUCUUAAUGUUUUCAGAAUGACAGAGUGGCAACAGUUAGUGGAUAGUUUGCAAGCAUCCUCCAAUCAGCCAAAAAGGAGAGUGUCAGUGCAUACUGCUGGUGUACUAGUUAUGGUCUGUGGCUUUGUUGACACAGUUGAUGAUGUACAGAAACAGUUAUAUGAUUUUGUACAUGACAACUCUUCCAUAACCAGAACUGUGACAGACAGAAAGCUCAUUAUCAAAUUUGUGCGUGAAAUGAAAAAAGAUACAUUGAAUAAGAUGAUCAAAGAGGACAUUAAAAUUGAUUUCAAAGAGGAUUCUGUUUCUCUGAGUGGACCCAGAGUUCUUGUGGUAGAGUGUAUGCAGACAAUCCAAGAUCUGAUCUCAUCUGUCCACCAUGAUGUUCUGCGAGUGGCCAAACCUGGAGCGAAAAAGUCUUUCCUGGACAAAGAGCUCAUUUAUGAGAGCAUGUCAAUCACCAAAUGGCACUGUUUAGUCCAGCUGGAGGAUGACAUGGACACACCCCAAAUGGACACCUCAGGACCCGAGAGCAAGCCUGCUUAUCACUUGCAAACCCCCGAUGGCGUGGAGAUCAGUGUCUUCAAGGCCGACAUGUGCUCAUUCAGAGUAGAAACUAUUGUCAAUGCUGCCAAUGAGACCCUUCAGCAUGAGGGGGGUCUGGCAGGAGCCCUCGUUCAGGCUGCUGGUCCUCAGCUCCAGGAGAUGUGCAACCAGAUCAUCUCCAGCCGCGGGCAACUGGCCACGGGGGACGUAGUCAUCACGGCAGCAGGUGGGCGACUCCGGUGCGAACACAUCAUCCACGCCGUUGGACCCAAGUUCAGUGGCAACAAUCCACAAAGGGCCGUUGGCUUACUGAAAAGGGCAAUUAAAGGCUGUUUAAGAGAGGCAGAGAGGUUUAAGUUCCACUCUUUAGCAAUUCCUGCCAUAAGCUCAGGUUCAUUUGGAUUCCCGCUAAACCUCUGUGCAGAGACCAUCGUCGGGGCAAUAAAGGAGCACUGUGAGGACAUGUAUGGCGACGGCCUACUUAAAAAAAUACAUCUAGUCAACAAGGAUGACCAGACUGUCCAGGCCAUGGAGACUGCUGUGAGAAAGAUUUUUGACCGACCCGUACAUCGCCAGACGGAGACCAGAAGCCAGGUCAGAACAGAUCAAAACCCAGGAGCGAGCCCACGCCACGGAAGAGCUCCUACGGGCAGUCCGACUCUGAGUGUGCAGACAAAAGAGGGGCUGAGCAUCACACUGUUGAAAGGAAACAUCCAGGAUACAACAACGGAUGUGGUGGUGAACACAGUGGGCAGUGGUCUGAGGCUCGAUCAAGGGGCUGUUUCGAAUGCCCUGUUCAGAGCAGCGGGACCAGAGCUUCAGAAUCUGGUGGAUCAGCAGGCAGCACCUCCGGCCAAUGAAGGAGCUAUUAUUGUCACAGAGGGCUGCAACCUCAGAAGCAAUAUGGUGUUCCAUACUGUUGCCCCACAGUGGGAUGGAGGUCAAGGCCAUGCACAGAAGGUUUUGGGUGACAUUGUAGCUGACUGCUUCGCUCAGGCGGAGCAGCACCGGCAGAGCUCUUUAACCUUCCCCGCCAUUGGCACUGGAAACCUGGGCUUUCCCAGAGAUGAGGUGGCCAAACUCAUGUUGGACGCUGUCCUCAAUUUCAGCCAGAAAAGAAGUUCAAAUAACGUGCAAGAGGUGGUGUUCAUUCUCCACCCUAGCGACACUCACACUACACAGGCCUUUACAGAUGAAUUCAACCAAAGAUUCUUAAACCAGGCUGCAUCCUCCCAGACAAAAGGUCCAUUCUCAAAGAUCACAUCUCCAAGUUCAGGGCUGUAUCAGACAACAGUGGGGGAAGUUGUUCUCCAGAUUACCACUGGGGAUAUCACUAAAGAGGACUCUGAUGUCAUAGUUAAUUCCUCCAAUGAUACCUUUACACUGAACUCAGGUGUCUCAAAAGCCAUUCUUGAUGCUGCUGGUCCAAUGGUGAUGCUAGAAUGCCAGCAACAGGGAGCUCAGCCAGGUAGAGCAAUGAUAAUGACCCAGCCUGGCAAUCUUAAGUGUAAGAAGAUUCUUCAUCUGCAUGGGCAGACCAAGCCUCAGAUGAUACAAAAGAUUGUUGGUGAUGCAAUCUCACUGUCCAUUCAGAACAACAUGAGGUCCAUCUCCUUUCCUGCUCUUGGCACAGGGCAAGGCAACGUGGCUCCUGGACUGGUGGCGGACGCCAUGCUGGACGCAGUGGUAGAUGUGGUGGGACAGAAACCUGUGUCUUCCCUGCAGCUGAUCCGCAUCGUCAUCUUCCAGGCCCCAAUGCUGGCAGAGUUUUACAAGAGCAUGCAGAAAAAAGAGGGUUCCAACAAGCCAGUGAAAGAGGGCAUGGGUGCUAAGAUUAUGUCAAGCCUUAAAUCAUUCUUCACUGGACCAUGGGUCAAAGACACCAAACCCCAGAAAAGUGAAGAUAUUGCCUUUGAGGGCAAAGUGUUGGUCCCAGCCUUCUUCCACAUCUGUGGGGAGUCACAAGCCAACGUUGACGAAGUCAAGAAAUGGAUCGAAGAGCUGAUCUCCCAAGACUCGUUCACAGACACCAUCACAGACGAUAUGCUUUUAAAUUUGCCCAGCAGUGACAUUAAGAUCAUCCAAGACCUUCAGGAGAAGUAUGACGUGAAGAUGACCCUGACCACCGACUCACAGGGCACGAUGGGUGCAGACGAUGCCACCCUGACCAUUGAGGGCCUCAGCAGAGACGUAGCGGCAUCCUCCAGAGAGGUGCAGAAGAUCCUGAGCAAGAGCCGGGAGCGGGAGAGUCUGGAAAGGCAGAUGGAACUCACCGGUAACCUGGUGGAGUGGCAGUAUAAGGUUCAAGGCCAAUACCAAGCAUUUGAUCCCGAGAACAACUUACGUCUUGAGCAAGCCAAGGAGAAGAGGCAAAGACAGGUAGAGGUCACUAUUCAAGGCCAGAAGUAUACGGCCACUCUACCUGAUGGGCCUGCUGUGGACAUCCAUAGGAACCAAGUCAAACUGAAGCGAGUAGAUAAAUUACAAGGUGACACCAGUGUUCCUGAUAACUGGGAUGACAUGACUCCCAACUCGCAGUGCCAAGUGUUUCUCCUGCAAAAUAACAGCCAGGAAUAUCUUCAUGUUCAGAAACUUUUCCUUAAGUCUUGCCGUAAUGCCAUUCUGAAGAUUGAGAGAGUACAAAACCCAUACUUAUGGAGAAACUACGAGAUCAAAAAGCAAGCCAUGGAGGUUAAAAAUGGCCACAAGAACAAUGAGAGGCAACUGUUUCAUGGAACCAGCCAGCCAACCAUAAACCACAUCAACCACAAUGGGUUUAACCGCAGCUAUGCUGGCAAAAAUGCUGCUGCAUAUGGCAAUGGCACCUACUUCGCAGUCCAUGCUAAGUAUUCUGCGGCCAACACCUACUCAGUUCCAGAUGCUCAGGGACAAAAGUACAUGUACCUGUGUCGAGUCCUCACAGGCGACUUCACAGCGGGGCGAGGGGGAAUGAUUGUCCCCCCUGCUAAAAACACCACCACUGCCGACCUCUAUGAUACUGUAACUGACAACCCCAUUGCACCAUCCAUGUUUGUCGUCUUUAAUGACAUUCAGGCAUAUCCUGAGUAUUUGAUCACUUUUCAAUGAGGUAGCAAAGGGACAAAUGUGUAUCCAAGAUUUCACCUGUUCAUUGGUUGUUUAUUGGUUGUUACCAUAUUCUUCUAUCCAGGAAACUGCUUGGGAUACCAGUUUGCACCAAUUUAAAUCAAAUGCACAAGUAAACAUAGAGUUAUGAACAAUCGUUAGAUGUCUCUCUAUCAUGGUAUAUAAAGUUAAUAAAUGUUGUGUAUACACAAAAUAGUUUUCAUUGAAACUGAACUAACAUGAAUAUGGGAAUGUUUGUGAUGUCAACCAUGUGCCUAAUAUGUUCUCUCUAGCAUGUGUCAUUUAUAAUAUAUAGGAUAAAAGUGACAUUUCCAA